GAUUGGCUGGGCCAAGUAUAAAUGCUUGGACCCUUGCCUGGGCAACCGGUCUGGAUCUUCUGCCUGCCUCCAAGCUCCACUCUUGGCAACUGGUUGGGAGAGAGCUCAGUGGAAGAGGACCUGCUUUGCAGGCAGAAAGUCCCAGGUUCAAUCCCUGGCAACAUCUCCAGGACCCAGCUUCUUAUGUUGAUUCUCUGUGCCUGAUUCUCAGGGUUUGGCAGAAGUUCCUAGCGCUUGGAUGCUGCUUCAGGCAGUUAUACGUUCUGGGUCAUGAAACUUAAUCCACAGCAAGCACCGUUGUAUGGUGACUGCACAAUCACCGUCUUGCUGACUGAAGACGACCGCGUGGAAAACGAGGAUGAUGUCGUCUUCUACCUGGUGUUUUCUGGGUCUUCUCUCCAACACUGUGCCAGCACUAGGAAGCUCGAUUCAGUCACAUUGGAGACUAUCGCUCCUGGCCAUGACUGCUGCGAGACAGUGAAAGUCUCUCUCUGUGCCACCAAGCACGGCCACCCUCUCCUCGUGGUGGCAGAGGACAGCUUCCGGUUCGUUCAGGACGAAGCGUACGACGCUGCUCAGUUCCUGGCAACUUGUGCUGGCAACCAGCAAGCUCUGAAUUUCACGAGAUUCCUGGAUCGGUCCCGGCCACCCGCUGGCGAUGUGGAUUCCCUUGAUGAGAAAGUGGCGUUGGCCUUUCGGCACUUGAAAUUGCCGGCGGAGUGGAAUGUCUUGGGCGCGGACCACACCCUCAAUGAGCACGUUCCCCGGGAGACGUUGAUGCACUUUGCAGUCAGGCUGGGGCUGCUGCGUCUGAGCUGGUUCCUCUUGCAGCAGCCGGGCGGGAAAGGAUCCCUCUGCGUCCCCAACAGUGAGGGAGCGACGCCGGUGAGCUUGGCCCUGGAGAGGGGCUACCAGAAGCUGCAUCAACUUCUGACCGAAGAAGGAGCCAGCGAACCAGAUUCCUGGAGCACUUUGUCGCACACCGUGCAUUCUGGCGAGUACUGCGUGAAGUACCACCGGGGGCUCGACGUUUAUGUUCUCACGGCUGAAAUGAAGGAACGGAUGGCGGCGAGCGUGGAGAGUGACAUAGGCCGCCUCCAGGCACACGUUCAGAGUCAACAGCACAUGAAUGCAAAUGAACACCCACUUCCUGAGCGGAGCCCGAGUCGAGAGGCCUGCUGUGCUUCGGGUGGCGCAACAACUGCUGCAAGCCACAAGCGGGAGGAAAUGACCGCCGAAGGAAGCCCAGGAGAGGCGUCUCCCGCUCUGGACCUGGAUGCCAUGCAGCUCUCGCUCCCUGGCUGCCCGCAGGAGGAUGGCUGUGGGCAUCUGAAGGAGCUCUCGGAGACACCCAAAGAGCCCCCCAGCCCAGAGGAUGCAGAGAACCCGACAUCUUCCUGUCAGAGCAGCAGCCGAGCCGAGUUGCACAAAGGGGAAGGGGAGGAGUUACCUUCCGCUGCAGCUUCUGGGGCAAUUUUGGAGGAAGAUGGUGGCGGGCUGAACCGGGCAGUGGGCCUUCACAGAGCCUCCAGCCUCCCGCCCUGCGCUGUGGCAAGCGAGGGAGCUGGAAUGACCUCCCCUCGUGCGACUCAGGAGCCAGGCGACUUGUGCGAGGGGAACCCUUUCCAGCAGGAAGUGCGAGCGGCCGUCGAGCAAGCGGCUGAGCCUGCCCCUGAGCCUCCCGCUCCCCGCCAGGACGGCAGUGCAGGUAUGGGGCAGACGGAAUGCAAAAGCUGUACAGGCACCGGGGAGGCUCCUGGGGCCACCACAGGGCCGCAGUGUGUGGAGAACGGGGCCUGCGAUUCGGGGCCCACUGGAACCGCAGCUGUGGGAGGAUUGCCGGCGGAUCCUGCCGCGGCCUUGCCUGGAGCCGCGGGUGACGGCGUUGGGACCUGCGGCGGCGAGGGUGUUGCGCUGAAGCCAGCUGCAGAUCCGUGCAACUUUGCACCUGUGGAUGCGAACGGGAAGGCAGGAACCGAUGCUCCUGGCGGCGGGUCAGAGGGUCGCUUUGCAGCUCCUUCAGAGCAUCGCCAGGGUGCCGCCUUCUGCCCCGGCACAGAACCGGUGGCAGCCCAGAUGGCAAACGUUGCAGAGGCGCCGCCUGAGUGUGGUCCUGUUCUGGAAGUGCAACAUAAUGGGGAGCGAGUGGGAGAUGGAAAGAGGGCGCCCCUUGGAGCGAAGCGUCUGGAUUGGAGCAAUAACGUGCAGGACGCUGGUGCCAACUUCGCAGAGGACAGGCCCAGCCAGAAGUUGGUGGAGCCCGAAGCAUCUGCGGCCGGUGAUGAGACGACCGAGACGGUGGCUGAAGUGCAGGAGACGCCACGGACCUUGGAAGCGGUGCCUUGGAGGACUGAGCCUGCCAGCCACGCCUGCGGAGGAAGUGCUGUUGAGGCCUGCCACGCGCCAGGAGGCGGCGCCGAGAAAGGCGCACAGAGCCGCGGCUCUGGUUUGUGUACAGUCCCCGCAGGUGCCUCCGCCCCGUGCCCAGGUGCUCUCGGCCCGGAAGGGUCGUCCUCAGCCGGAGAGGAGCCUCCCUGCAAAGAGGGAGAGAGGACGGAGAGCCGCCCGCCGCCGCUGGACCGGUUUAGCAGAAGUGCUCAGGAAUUCAUCGCGGCGGCUUCUGCCCUGCUGGUUGAAGAAGCCAUCCAGCAGGCCCAGGUGAUCGUGGCGCAGGGAAGCGGCGGCAGAGCGGCCCCUUCUGGCCAGGAGGCGCCCUUGCAGCCGGAGGACCUUGCCCUGGCUUCGCGUGGCAAGGGCACCGAGCUUGUACAGGAUAAUCUGGCGGGCGGCACACCCUCUGCUGGGCACGAUACAGAAUCCAAACAAAACCAGGAAGUGGCUGCAGCAGCAGCAGCAGAGCUGCCGGCGGUUGCUGAGCAGGGAAGCCCCGUGUGGGAUGAGCUGGCUUUGGAGGCCAUCUCUCCUGCAGAUCGCCCGGGAAAGAACACAGAGAGCAGCUCUUCCCCGCAGCUGCCUGGCAAGGAGACGGCUUUGUCGGAGGGCCGGGCAUCGGCAGCUGUUGCACAAGCUCUUUCCUGCCCGGGGAGCGCCCAGGUGGGGAUUGAGGGGGAGGCCUCCAGCCUAGAAGCAGGGGAGGAUGUGAAGGUGAGCACUGCAGCCGCUGGGGGUGUCCUUCAGCAGCCUGGCCUGGCAGAAGGGCCCCCCUGCGCCGAUGCCAUGCUGAACCAAGAACUGGAGUGCCAGCCGGACUGGGAUGCCGCCUCUCCAGCCAGUUCCGCUUUAAGGGAAGCCCCUCCGGCGGACCGCGAGCUGGCCAGUCUCCCGCAGGAAGGGGAAGAGGUGGGCAUCGGCGCGCCUUCCAGGCUGUCGCUGCAGCCGAUCGCCGAAGAGCAGCCAUGCGACGGCGAUUCAGGCUCCGAAGUGUUCUUCCUGGCCAGCGAGGGCGAAACCUGUCCGGGCGUUAAUGCAGCCCAUCUGGGGACCCUGGCGUGGCCCAGCGGAGGCGAAGGAGAGGCGCAGCCGGAACUGCAGAUUUUGCCACCCGGUCCUCCUCCUGAGUGGCUGGGAAAAGUAGAGGCCGGUGAUUCUGUUCAAGCCGCCAGUGGUAUCUCGGUGGGGCACACUGCAAAGGUGGCAGAAAACCCCAGCCGGGCUGCUUUGGUGGUAGAUGUGCACGGUCCCUCGGAACUUCUGGCUGGAAACCCCAUGGAAAUCCCCCCUGUGACAGAACCCGGGUCUGAUGACCAGCUUGAGGCAGAUGCUGGCUCUGUCCCCAACGGAGAAAUGGAUUUACGUUUGGAGUCUGGUGGCCGGAUGGAGGCGACCGCAAGCCAAGAAGUGGCUAGUCCUGCAUCUGUGGCAGAGGCUGUGGAGAUGAAGACCGAAGAGGAGGUGGGCUGUGCGAGGGGCCUUGCUGAGAAUGCCGAAGGAACCAUUAAUCGUGAAAGUUGGAGUCCCAUGGAACCUUCUCCGGAUCCCUCGCUGUUGGAGCCCAAGCGCCCCUUUGGGUGUGCAGAAAGGGAUAAUUUCCUGGAAGAUGGACUGAGCAGGAAUUGCACUUCCUCACGAGACAUCCUGAAAAGGGGAUCAGGGAGCGAGUCUGACCUCUUCCCUCUGCCAGGGGAUGGGAUGGAUGACCUCGACUUUGGGAAGCAGCCUGAAGAAGAGCAGUCAACGGGAGACAGCAUGAGUUCCAGUUCCUCCGCAGAUGACACGAUAUCGCUGGAGAGGAACUCCUCCCUCGGAAGCAACAUUUCUCUCCCUCAGGCUCUGGGCCUCAGCAGCAGGCCGAAGGACCAGUCCAGCCCAGAUGGCAGCUGCUCCCACAUGACCAGCGCCGAAGGCCAAGACGGCGAGGCUGCCGUCUCGGGAGAGCUGGAAGAAGAGCUGGACAGUAUCACCGAAGUGCCCCCUCACUCCUCGGUCCUGCGGAACUCUAUGAGACCGCUCUCUCCUUUCCGCCGGCAUAGCUGGGGCCCGGGGAAGAACGCCAGCAACGAGGCCGAGAUCAAUCACAGGAGUUCAAUGCGAAUGCUGGGGGAAGGUGGAAGGAAGCCUCCCACCCAUAGGAGAAGUUUGAGCUGGUGUCCCUUGGGUGUCCACAGCACUGCCAUGGGUGCCGACAUGAAUGGCAGAAGUUACAGCUUAGAAGGCCUGGCCAGAGAGGCCGACGGCGCAAAGAAGCCAUCAUCCGGCCUUGAGACAGAAUCUCUCAACACCAAAGACCUCCAGCAAAGCCCCCUGGCUAACGACGAGCGGGGCUCGUUAGUCUCUCUGACGGAAGAGGAGCUGGAAUCUGAGCAAGGGGAACUGAGAGGCUUUGGCCGUCAGAUACGCCAAAGAUCACAGCCACGUGCCUUCAGCUUCACCGCAAACCCAGUUUCUCCCCCGUUGACCAAAUCCAUGUCAUUAAUGGCAAUUGCCCAACCCGGACCUGACACCCAGGGACGGACUCGGCCAUCCAGACGAAUUUCCUUCUCCUUCAGCAUCUCUCCGCUCAUUCCCAAGUCUAAAACUGUCUUUUCUAUUGGCUCUUCUUCCAGUGAUGAGGAGGAGGAGUUGGCUAGUAGCCGAUUUUUCAUCGGCGGUUCGUUGGCUCAAAGCAUCAACGAGGAGAGCGGCCAGUUCCUGCCUCCAAGCCCCUCCAGGAAAGACUUGGAAGGCAAGAGUGGGACGAAAGUCAGCCGCACAUUCAGCUACCUCAAGAAUAAAAUGUCCAGCAGUAAGAAGAGCAAAGAAAAAGAAAAGGACAAGGAGAAAACAAAAGAGAAAGACAAGGAUUCCAAGGAGAAAGACAAGGAUAAGAAGGCCAUCAAUGGGCACCUUUUCAGCACCAUCCCCACCGUGGGGCCCAUCAACUGCUACCACUGUAUGAAGCCUUUCAAUAAGGAUUCAGUCGCCUGCGCAACCUGUGGCAUCCUCAUCCACAAAAGUUGCAAGGAGAGUGUUACUGCUUGUGCCAAGGUGAAAAUGAAGCUCCAGAAAGGAGGUCUUCAACCACAUGAUACUUCCUCAUUACCCACAGUCGUCAUGCGAAGCAAAAGCUCUCAGCCGAAGGAAAGACCCCGAUCGGCAAUACUGGCCCCCGAUGAGAUCACGGUGACCUCCUUAUUCAAUAACAGGAGAUCUCAGCAGAAUCCGGCACUCUCGAAAAGUGUCUCAAUCCAGAACAUUGCUGGAGCUGGCAAUGAUGAAAGCGCGUUGCACACGUGGAAGUUCCUCUCUCAGUCAACAGACUCCUUGAAUAAAAUCAGCCGGGUGAAUGAAUCCAUGGAAUCCUUAACAGAUGAAGGCGCAGACAUGAAUGAAGGCCAGCUGAUGGGCGAUUUCGAAACGGACUCGAAGCAGCUGGAAGCUCAGUCCUGGAGUCAAGUGGUGGACAGCAAGUUUCUCCGGCAGCAGAAGAAGGAUGUUGUGAAGCGGCAAGAUGUCAUUUAUGAACUGAUGCAAACGGAGAUGCACCACGUCCGCACCUUGAAGAUCAUGAGCGAUGUCUACAGCCGUGGGAUGCUGCAGGAGCUUCAGUACGAGCAGUCGAUGGUGGAAAAGGUCUUCCCUUGUUUGGAUGACUUGCUCAACAUCCACAGCCUGUUCUUCCAGCGGAUUCUGGAGAGGAAGAAGGAGUCCCUGGCAGACCGGAGUGAAAAGAACUUCGUCAUCAGGAGGAUAGGGGACAUUUUGGUGAAUCAGUUUUCCGGUGAGAACGCCGAGCGAAUGAAGAAAACCUACGGCAAGUUCUGUGGACACCACAACGAGGCAGUGAAUUACUUUAAAGACUUGCAUUCCAAGGAGAAGCGGUUCCAGGCAUUCAUCAAGAAAAAGAUGAGCAGUGCCGUGGUGAGGCGCCUGGGCAUUCCUGAGUGCAUCUUGCUAGUAACACAAAGGAUCACCAAAUAUCCAGUGCUGCUACAAAGAAUACUACAGUAUACCAAAGAAAGUGACGAUGAACACCAGGAUCUGAUGAUGUCGCUCAACCUGGUGAAGGAAGUCAUCACGGCGGUAAACAGCAAAGUCAGCAACUACGAGAAGAAGAUGCGUCUCGAUGAAAUCUACACGCGAACGGAGAGCAAGUCCAUCAUGAGGAUGAAGAGCGGGCAGAUGUUCGCCAGGGAGGACUUGCGGCGCAGGAAGUUUGUCCGGGAUGGACCCGUCUCCUUGAGAAAUGCCACAGGGAGAUUGAAAGAGGUCCAGGCAGUUCUUCUCUCUGACGUCCUGAUAUUCCUACAGGAAAAGGAUCAGAAAUACGCAUUUGCAUCUCUGGAUCAGCGAUCCACCGUGAUCUCUCUGAAGAAGCUGAUUGUCCGAGAGGUGGCCCACGAGGAGAAGGGCUUGUUCUUGAUCAGCAUGGUGGGGAAAGACCCGGAGAUGGUGGAGGUUCACGCCAGCUCCAAGGAGGAGCGCAGCAGCUGGAUCCACACCAUUCAAGACACGAUAAACACUAUGGACAAGGAAGAAGACGAAGGCAUCCCUAGCGAAUCGGAAGAGGAGAAGCGAGUGCUGGACACCAAAGCCAGAGAACUGAAAGAACAGCUCCAGCAAAAAGACCAACAGAUCAUAACGCUGCUGGAGGAGAAGGAGAAGAUUUUCAGGGACAUGACGGAUUGCAGCGGGCAGGAAGACAGCACGGGAGCGAGGACGUUGUUCCGGGCCAACACGGAGGAGGCCCCCAAGGGGGAGAGCGUGAUGAAGAAUGUGAUAAGCGAAGUUGAGCUGUUGCAAGGAUUGGUGAGCCGGAGUCUGGGGAGCGCCCUGGGGCCGCCGAUGUGCACCCUCGCCCCGGAGCAAGAGGCGGUGGGGCCCGUCUCCCUCCCCAGGAGGGCUGAGACCUUCGGCGGAUUUGACAGCCACCAGAUGAGCGUGGGCAAAGGCGGGGAGAGAGACGACGCAGAGGACCUUCGCAGGACGGAGUCGGACAGUGUCUUGAAGAAGGGAGGAACGGCUCACUUGAUGUUUGUGCUGAAAAGGAACAAUGAGCAAGUCCUCCAGAGCAUCACGAACCUGCAUAGCCUGCUCAGCAAAUUACAGGCCGUGGUGGUGCAGCAGGACACGUUCAUCGAGGACCAGAAGCUGCUGCUGACGGAGCGGGCCCUGAGCCGCAGCUCCUUGCGGCCCAACUCCCUGAUCGAGCAGGAGAAGCAGCGGAGCCUGGAGAAGCAGCGGCAGGAGCUGGCCAACCUGCAGAAGCAGCAGGCCCAGCACCAGGAGGAGAAGCGGCGGCGGGAGCGGGAGUGGGAGGCCCGGGAGCGGGAGCUGGCGGAGCGGGAGGCCCAGCUGGCCCGGCGGGAGGAGCAGGCCCAGAAGGGGCUGCAGGGCCUGGAGAAGGAGCGCGAGGAGCUCCAGCAGAGGAAGGCCGCCUACCAGCUGGACCUGGAGCAGCUCCGGGCCGCCCAGAAGCAGCUGGAGAAGGAGAAGGAGCAGCUGAGGAGAGACAUGGAGCAGAUUCCCCACCUGCGGGGGGAGCCCAGCCUCGGCACGCUUUCUAACCAGCACGUCAGGAUGGCCCGGACUCCUUCGCUGCCAGCCUCUGAGGACCCGUCCUCCAGGCCCCUGGGCUCUUCGCUUUCCAAGGGCCACCUGGACACGGAGCUCUCCCCGGCCUCUAAACGGAACAGCCUCUCGCGGACACACAAAGAGAAAGGGGCUUUCCACUUGCUGGGCACGACGACGUCGAACCAAAGCAACAAGCCGGCCGAGGGGCACAGCCAGGCCCCCAACCGCCUCUUCGGCUUGGCUAAGCCAAAGGAGAAGAAGGAGAAGAAGAAGAAGGCCAAGGGGCACCGUGCCCAGCCAGCUGAUGCUCACUCCCCGGAAGCAGCACCAGAGGGCGAGGAGAUCUUCUGCUGACCUCUCCAUCCCAAAGGGACGAAGUCACCUUGUGCUCUGCCCUCCGGACGCAGCGUUGGAAGGGGAUGCAAGCCCUCCCUCCUCCACCUUGACCUGCAUUGGGCUUCCUUGCCGCGGAAACCCACCAGGGCACCUGCCUUUCGCAGCCCGUUCCCGACUGCUGGAUCCACCCAUUUCCUGGAAAGGGCAGGCAGGCUUUUGCAGAGGGAUGGAUUCUGGUUGCGGCCAGACCAGGCAGGCUCGGUCUGGACUUCCCAUGCCGGCUACCAAGUUGUGUGGACAGAUGUUCUUGCCAGGCAGAACUCUCUCUUGGGGAACACCACCAAAAUCAUUAGGAGCCUUUCACAAAAAGCGGUGUCUCUUUGAAGCAGUGUUUCUACACUGGCAUAUAUAGAUCUCCUGUAUAUACACUUAUAUAUAAAUAUAUAGAGACGUAUAAAUAUGUAGACUGUAGCUGUCCAUCCGUUGGGAUUUGCUUAACUCUGUACAGAAAAGCCGGGCAAGCUUAUCUCUGCCCCCAAAGGAUACCUGAUGAACUUUUCAGGGACGGUGUUGAUAUUAAAUAUCUUGUUAAUUUCUUGAUGCUCAGUUCAGCGGCCUUUGCCACAAGCCGCUAUUGGGGAACGUACCAAAGCCCAGAUGGCGGCAGAAAGAAUGACCAACUCGUAGGCGGGUUCUGAGUGGAGGAUUAAAGGGCCAAUGUGCACAUAGAACAGACCCGUGGCGGAAUGCCCCCUGCAGGUGCAUUGUGGGAAUGGUGUUGGCAGUGGACUCACUUGUGGUCAAUAGUUACAGGGGAGAUAUCCGGAAACUUCUCCUUGAUGGGAGAAACGUGUGUGGGUGGUUUUGAUGUAAUAAGGGCUCCCAAAGAGAAGUGGAAUAUAAAAGGGCAUGCCUUGGAAACUGAAAAAGAGGGAGAGAGUACUUCAGAAGCCAGAGUUUGGCAUGGUUUUGUUCUUGGACGUAUCCUGGCCAGAUGACACGUCAUGUUUCUGUGGCAGAGCAAGUAUCCCUUCCUCUGGAUACUCCUUUCCUCACCCACCCCAAACUCUCCAGCACGUUUUGGCCUUCUGGUUAAGAGCAUGUGUAGGGAGCCAGUUCCCUCCUGACAAGCCCACGCUGUCCCGCCUUCUGCCUUUCAUGCUCAACGGCGUGCACGCUUGCCUCCAACGCAGGUAAUGAUUUAUGCAUCUUAAGAAAAUCGUGUAUGAAAUGGCCCCCCUUGGUAUGGAAACGGUGCACAUGCCUUGACUUUUACAUCUUCAGUGCAGGGGCCUUGAUCUCUUCACACUCGAAGACAGAAGCGGGCUGCCUUGGCGCUCCCAGCUGCGGUUGCACGACAAUCGUCCCCAGCCACAAAAUCGUGGCUGGGGAUGAUGGGAGUUGUAGUUCAACAUCGGCUGGAGAGCUGAGGAUGCCUGCCCCGGAUCUUAGGACUAAAUGGCACGCUUCAUUGCAAGAGCAGUGAGACGCACAAUAUGGUGGGGAAAGAUUUCGACCCAAACGAUCGGACGCUUUGGGGGGGAGAGGAUGGGUCUUGAGGAAGCUUCUCCCUAGCGCUUUGUGCCAAUGCAGCAAACCCCAAAUCCAGUGUGUGAUGGCUUGUGAGCAAUUCCUCAUGCAGAGAUGCCAAGGGAAGAUCAAUGUCCCCGAUUGAAAAUCCCCUUGCUUUUUCUGUGCCGCCCCAGAAAUUGCCCGCAGCAGACUGGUCAAAUGUCAUGAUCAAACACUUAUCCUUAAUACUGGAUGUAUUUGGAAACCUCAUUUCCCCCAUUGGCUUUUCAGAUUUCUCUCCCCCCUCCCCCCCCCCCCCCCGUAAAGGUUUGCACUAUUGUCUCAAUGCCUUCUUUGUCUCAGAGCUUCCCGGGAGCUAAUCUCCCGCCACAGGCUUGCAAACCUGCGAUGGAAACUUAAUUUCUAGCGAAUCUUCAGUGCUGGGACUGUGGUUGGGAUUGUGCUCGGUUGGUGUGAUUUGACGGAUGGUGGGAGAGAGCCCUCGAAAUCGCAGCCGAGACGGAAGCUCUCUAAACAAUUCACUCCCAGAGCAACGCAGCCGGUGGCUGUGGGGUCCCUUCUUCUUCUAGUUUUUGUGUUUUUUUAUUUUAUUUGAUGUUUUUUCUCAGUUGCGAGCUGUGCUUGCGGUGUAAAAAACAAAACCAUUUCUUUGCUUGAAACAAAGUCUGAAUUUUUACAAAAAAGAGAGAGAGAAAGAAAAACAUUUAUUUGAGGUUUUGUGUUUAACUUUUAAGCUGGGCUUGUGAAGUCCAAAGAUUUCUGUGUUUUUAGUUUGUGUAAAUAUUUAAAUAAAUCACUGGUGCAUUGUACUUGUACAGAUCAAGCAUUAAAUGCAAACAACCACUGCUAGGGAAGCCACCUCUAAGACUUGAUAGGCCUGGCUCGCACAGUUGUAUGAAUCUAGGUUUAGGGAUGUGCACAGAACCGGUUCGGAACCGGCCCUUUAUGGGCCUCCGAACUGGUUCAAAUGGGCGGUUCCACCAGUUUGAAGGUGGGUGUGUAUCUUCUGCUUUAAGGGUGGGGGAGGGUGCACUUACCCCUCCCUCCACUCCCCCCCCCCGCUGGCGCUCUGUUUGUCCACCGAGGCAGCAGUAUCUGACACACACACGACAUGCUCACAUAUGCGUCCGGCACACACAGGUGCAUCGGAUACUUCCGCCUACUUCCGGUAAAGGGGGCAACGAGGCGGCAGGGAGUUACGCUGCUGCCCUGGUGGACAUUUAAAACAUGGAGUGCUGGUGGGGCAAAAGUGGGGGUAGGGGUAAGUGCACCCUCCCCCACCUUAAAGCAGAACGCCCCUGCCCUUCAAGCCUCCCUCGCCCAGUUCCGUGCAUAUCCAUAUCUAGGUUUAAUGUGUGUUACCAACAUUAGCAUGAUUGUGUGAAGGAACCCAGGUCAAGGUGGGAAUCUCAGACCAUAAACCACCUUGACGUGGGUUCACACAAUCACUUCAGCAUCAAUAACCCACAUUAAGCCUGCGUUCAAACUAUUGUGUGAACGCGUCUAGUAUCUCCUAGCCAACACAGCUGAAUAUUGAGAUGGCAGUUGUCCACUUUGAGACUCCUGCUGUCCACAGUCCAGUUGGCUUUGGGUUUGCCAUAAAAUACAAAUCAACUCUAAUAUCCCGGAGGCCUAAUGCUUCAUGAGGACUAGCGCAUUUUGGAUGACUUUUUAAGGGGAUUCAGUGCAUGCUUUACUGUGGCCGUGCUAAUACUGGAAGCUGUCCGCACGUGGAAUUUCAAAGUCUUUCUUCUCUUCUGCCUAGCUGAUACUUUCUUUGCCAGGAAGCAGUCCACUCUUUUAAGCCGGGGUUCUCAAACUUGGGUCCCCAGAUAUUGAAGGUUGUGAGAGUUCAGGAGCAUUGUCGGUGCAGGUUAGGGUUCAACAAGCACACUUGUGCAUCUGGUUUCAGUGCAACCGGGUGCAUGUUGAAGCAGCUGAACACCCUCUGAGGCUGGAGGGAGGGACAGCUGUCGGUCACUGGGGCCAAAAUUAGACAGGUCUCUUGCAGUACUGGGGUACUUCAAUGACUGAUUGAGAAAGAGAAAUUCCUCAACAGCUAGAACGUUGGCUCCUCUUCUUGCUAGCCAGGUUGCAAGUUUAAGGUUACCUUAAGUCUGGAGACAAUCACUCUUCUCCCAGGGAGCUUAAAGAGGUAUCGCUGCUCAUGUGUAUGCACUUAUCUCCCUUUUGCUUGUUUUAAACAGGUGUUGCAGGCUCUUCAGGAAACCUGCAGCCCCUGUUUGUUCAAAGAUAACAGUGAGUCAAAAGGAAUGUGAGUGUAAGACGUGGGACACGAGGCCUCUCUUGAAUCACUUUUAGUUCUAUUGAAAAGUGUCUCCAGUCCAUCACAACAGAUUCUCUCCCUUCUCUGCCUUUGCUUCAGAAUUCCAACAGUCCGCAAUUAGGAUACCUUCUCCCCCUCUGAUCACUGCCUUCUGUGAUCUAGCUCAGUUUUUAAAAGGUUGCAAGCCAAACUGCUUUAUUCUUUCUGAUUGGUGCCUGUGGAUCUUGGCACGAGGGCAAAAAGAUGCAAGAAAAGAUGGGAGCAGAAAGAGAUGCUACUUGCAGUGGGAACUUUAAGCCAAAAAUACUUUAUGACAUGGUUCCCGCUCUUCAAAGGAGAAAGUAUGGUGGCAGAGCAUACCAGAAAUUCCACAGGACUUUAGAGACAUGAAAAUCUUAACAUUAGAAGUCUGAUGUGGCCAAUUCUUCUUCAGUUCAGUUCAGUUAGGGUUAAAAUUCAACCAUGAUAGGAUAGUGAUUCCCUCAGGCGAGUAUAACUGAUAGGACACUUUUGUAAAAAUAUUUUGUUCCUCCCACCAGGGUUUCCCUCCACCCCCACUUUUGGGCUUGUACAAAGGUACCUGUUGCAUAUUUUGGUGGAAAUCUAUAUUAAGAAAAACGUUUAAAUUUUUUAAAGCAACGUUGAUACAGUGGAGACGUUUUUUUAAAAAAGCCUAAAUUGCUGUAUGUUGAUUUGUAAUUAUGUAAAAAGUUAAGCAACUUAUUGACUGUGUAAAAUUUUUAAGGUUUAUGCCCCUUGUAAUUUGCAAAAAAAAGAAUAAAACCAUCAGAUGUUUGUAAUUUUUAUUUAUCUGCAUUUCUAGUUAUGAGAAGCAACCUCUUGUAAAGUCACUAAAUAAAUUUUGAUUUAAAGUCUGA